AUGUCCAUCACAGUAGGAGACAUACUCUCACAAAGUAUCCGAACCCACGCUAUAUACACCCUCGAUGCACCCAAUGUUACGCUUAGCAAGAAGUCGUGGACUGAUGAUUACCGGUCAAUUACUAACCCAAACUUCCAUGACUCUAGCUUUGAUGUGGUCAAUCAAUUUCUUGCUAAAGAUCAUUACAUUCCUCCGGGCCCGACUCAUAACAAGUUGUAUACUAGCGAUCCUACCGACCGCGACCGCCUUGCGCGGCAAGUCUCCCCGCUCAACGCUCUUGAUUAUAUGCACAAUCUUCAAGAGGGCGACGUAGUUCGAGAUUUCCAUCAGAAUAUUGCAUUCCCAGUUUCUCUUGCCUGGCAAAGGCAUGGCCAUUUCAUGGAAAGGUCGGAGUCGGGUCCUCCAGGUCUAACAAACGUCACCAAAACUGUGGAUCAUUUGUUUUCGUGGAUGCCUGAAGGACUUGCUAAUAGUGAAAGAAGCCAAGUAAUCGGGGAGUUGAAAAAGCCUGGUAUUAUCAAGCCUGACGAAUGGAAUGGGACAAGGCAUAAGUCGGACGUAACCAACCGACUUGGGAAGGAAAUCAGAGGGUAAGCUCCUUCCUCUAACCUCGAAACAAUAACAGAGAUUGACCUUCAUUCAAAGAUACGCUUAUCUGUAUGAAUGCCCGCAGGUGUUUGUCUACGAUGGAGCAAACCUUCUAAUUAUCCAAUUCAAGGCUAGGGACAGAAAUGAAAUCAAGGAGGGAGGUUGUAACAUCGAUUGCUGUAUUUUACCGAGAUCGUCACCUGAUCCAACUAUCUGUACUCCGGGAUACGGUUUGUACCGACUCCGCUGGCGGGGCUGGAUGCGGAUGGCAGGGGCAGGGGAUCACGUCUCGCUCAGGGGUUGGGAUCGGAGAUUUCGGUAUUGGUCUGGAACACCAUAUUGGAACAAUCCAGCAAGCAACGACAGAGUGCCUGACCAUCCUGACGGUUAUAAGAGAAGAUUUGACGCGGUAG